AUGGCCUCGGAGUCGGAGACGAAUAAACGGCUCUUGCUAGAUGUCCUGACCAGACCUGGAAACGAUGCAUGUGCGGAUUGUGGCAAUGCAGAGCCAGACUGGGCGUCGGUGACUUUGGGUGUGUUUGUGUGCCAGGGCUGCUCUCUCCUCCACAGAGGCAUCCCCCACAUCAGCAGGGUCAAGUCCGUCCAGCAGGAGUCAUGGGAGGCCUCAGAGGUGGAGCUAAUGGCUGCCAUGGGUAACGAAGCAGCCAAAGCUAAGUACGAGCAGAAGGUUCCAGCAUUCUACUACAGACCCAAACACACAGACUGCAAGCUACUGCGGGAGCAAUGGAUCCGAGCCAGGUACGAGAGGAACGAGUUUGAGUUCAUCGAGAAACAGGAGCCUUACUCUGCAGGGUACAGAGAGGGGUUUCUAUGGAAACGGGGCCGAGACAACGGUCAGUUCCUCAGUCGGAAAUUCAUCCUGUCAGAACGAGAGGGGGCGCUCAAGUACUUCAGCAAGCAGGAGGCGCGGGACCCCAAGGCGGUGAUGAAGAUUGAGACUCUCAACGCUACGUUCCAGCCGGCUAAGAUAGGCAACCCCUACGGCCUGCAGAUCACCUACCUUAGAGACAACAGCACCAGGAACAUCUUUGUCUACCACAGCGACUCUAAGGAAAUGGUGGACUGGUUCAACGCUAUCAGAGCUGCCAGGUUUCAUUACCUUCAGGUGGCCUUCCCUGGAGCCAGUGACGAGGAGCUGGUGCCCAAACUGACGCGUAGCUUCAUGAAGGAGGGCUUCAUGGAGAAAACAGGCCCAAAACACACAGAGGGCUUUAAGAAGAGGUGGUUCACCAUGGAUGACAGGAGACUCAUGUACUUCAAAGAUCCCCUGGAUGCCUAUGCGAGGGGAGAGGUUUUCAUCGGCAGUAAGGAGAACAGCUACACCGUGCUCUCGGGCCUUCCCCCCUCCAUCCAGGGCUACCACUGGAACCAUGGCAUCACCAUAGUAACACCAGACAGGAAGUUCCUGUUUGCCUGCGAGACAGAGGCGGAGCAGAAGGACUGGAUCACUGCUUUCCAGAGGGUUAUCAACAGACCCAUGAGACCACAGGAGUACGCAGUGGAGGCCCACUUCAAACACAAGCCCUGA